AUGGCCGCGAAGUCGGACGGCGGCGGCGGCGGCGGCGGCCCGGCCGUGAGCCUGGAGAGCCCCGGGGGCGGCGGCGGCGGCGACGGCGGGGGGGUGGGGGGGGGGAGGCGGGCGGGGGGGGCCGCGUCCCCCCCGUCCCGGCGGUACCGGCUGCGGGACGGCUGCUGGGUGCUGGGCGCGCUGCUCGUCUGCUUCGCGGACGGCGCCUCGGACCUGUGGCUGGCGGCCCACUACUACGUGCGGGGGCAGCGGUGGUGGUUCGGGCUGACGCUGCUCUUCGUGCUGCUGCCCUCGCUCGUGGUGCAGCUGCUCAGCUUCAGGUGGUUCGUCUACGACUUCGCCGCCGGCACCAAGGGCAGCGCCGGCAGCACCAAGGACAGCGCCCGCGGCCCCCGCGGCUGCUGCCGCCUCUGCGUCUGGCUGCUGCAGGGCUGCAUCCACCUGCUGCAGCUGGGGCAGGUCUGGAGGUACCUCCGCACGCUGUACCUGGGGCUGCAGAGCCGGUGGCAGGCCGAGCACCGCCGCCGCCACUUCUACUGGCGGAUGAUGUUUGAGAGCGCGGACAUCAGCAUGCUGCGCCUGCUGGAGACCUUCCUGAAGAGCGCGCCCCAGCUCGUGCUGCAGCUCAGCAUCAUGGUGCAGCAGAACAGCAUCGAGCCGCUGCAAGGGCUCUCGGCCUCGGCCUCGCUCGUCUCCCUGGCGUGGAUGAUCGCCUCCUACCAGAAGGUGCUGCGGGACUCGCGGGAGGACAAGCUGCCCAUGUCGUACAAGGGGGCCAUCGUGCAGAUCCUGUGGCACCUCUUCACCAUCGCCGCCCGCGCCAUCGCCUUCGCCCUCUUCGCCUCCGUGUUCCAGCUCUACUUCGGCAUCUUCAUCGUCACCCACUGGUGCAUCAUGACCUUCUGGAUCAUCCAGGGCGAGACGGACUUCUGCAUGUCCAAGUGGGAGGAGAUCAUCUACAACAUGGUGGUGGGCAUCAUCUACAUCUUCUGCUGGUUCAACGUCAAGGAGGGACGGAGCCGCUACCGCAUGUGCAUCUACUACGUCAUCACGCUGUCCGAGAACGCCGCCCUCACCGUCCUCUGGUUCCUCUACUACGACCGCGAGACCACGUCCGACUUCGACGCCUUAAUCCUCGUCUGCGUGGUCAGCUCCAGCUUCGCCCUCGGCAUCUUCUUCAUGUUCAUCUACUACUGCCUCUUGCACCCCAACGGCCCCAUGUUCGGCCCCCACGCCGGGGGCUGCAUUUUCCGGCAGCGGCCGGCACCGGCGCCGGGGUCCCCCGCGGACGCCGUCACCAGCCCCCCGCGCUCGCUGCCGCGGACUACAGGGGGGGAGCGGGAAGGGGCGCCGGGGGACCGGGACAGCUGCGUGCCCGUCUUUCAGGUGCGGCCCUGUGCCCCGCCGCCGCCGGCCGCCCGCGCCCCGCGGACAGAGGGCCCCGUCAUCCGCAUAGACCUGCCCAGGAAGAAGUACCCGGCCUGGGACGCCCACUUCAUCGACCGGCGCCUGCGGAAGACCAUCCUGGCGCUGGAGUACGCCUCCCCGACCACCCCGCGCCUGCAGUACCGCACCGCCGGCGCUGCCCAGGAGCUCCUGGAGUACGAGACCACCGUGUAGGGCGGGCGCGGGGCUGCCGUGGCACCCCCCCCCCCCCCCCCCCCCCGGCCGGGCUGUCCCAUCUCUUCGCAGCGUUUUGCCUUUCUUUUCGGUUCACCGGCGCCGAGGGGUGACCGCGCCGAGCGCCCCGCGGGCAGGGGCCAGUGAGGUCCCUUGGUGCUAUCUGCCCCCCCACACACCGCCCUCCUGUGACGCCGCUCCUCGUCCCACCCGGCUCUGCGCCGGGGGCUUGUCCUUGCCAAAAUACCUCACCUGUGCCUGAGCCCCGCAGCGCCCGGCUCCCGGCAGGGCUGGCCAGGUCGGCAGCGCAGGGUGGGGACUGUGGGGCGCCCCGGGGCUCGGGGGUGGUGGGUGCCCCACUCCGGUGAGGGGCUUUGGGCACGGUGGGGCAUGACACAGGUGAUAUGCAGGGGACACGGGCGGUGGGACAGGGCCGUGGGGAUGCUGGAGAGGGGCUGUACUGGGGUGUGGGGGGCUCCUGUCACCCCCAGGGAGCAGGUGGCGGUGGGGAGUGAGCAGGGGACAUCUGGCGUCUGGCCACCCCCCCAUGUCCCCUGCUUCCCCAAGCCCCCCAGGUCCCGGUGUCUCCCUUCAUCUCAGCCCUCGGUUCCCCCCGGUGUGGGUUCUGGCCGUGCCUGCGCCCCAGGGGGGGCCCCCGCUCCGUGUGGGAUGCAGCCCCCAGCCCUGAGCCAGGCCCCCGAUGCCGGCCGGGCGGUGUGGGGCGGUGGCUGCACCCCACCAUCCCCUCCCGCCCUCCUGGGAACCGCUUCAUCGCGUCGUGUUUGUUUUCACCUGGUAGGUGACAUUUGUGUGACAUUUUCUACCUCCGCUGACGCUGGUGGGGCAGGGCCUGCCUGGCACCGGGGGGGGGCAUUGCAGGGUAGUGGCAUCGCUCCCGGGGGCUCCCCAAGGCCAGAUUCACCCCCAGGCGUUCUCUCCCCCCCUUUCCCAGCUGGGAGCAUUUCCAUCCACAUCCCCAUCAGCAUCAGCCCCCCCAGCUCAGAGGUGUGAACCCGAGCCAGGAUCCUGCCCCUGCCCCCGGCGCCCCCCAGUCCCCACAGAGGAGCGGGGCUGCCCUGGGUCUGAAUGUGUGCCCUGCUCCUGCGGGGCCGGGCUCCCCGGGUCCCUGCCCGAAGGGCUGUGCUGAAUGUACCCCCCCCGUACCCCCUCCCGCGUCCGUGUGUCCGUCCUCUGUGUUUGCAGCUGGGUCCGAAGGGCAGAGCUGCCGGCCUCCCCAGGCCGUGCACCGCUCGCAGCAUGUGCAGAGCCCCCCGGCACGCACCCACAGCCCCCCCGUGCCUUCCCCCAGCCCUGGUGCCCCCCCCAGUCCCCGAGCUGUGCUGGCCCCGCGGUGCUGAGCUGUGCCCCGGGCCGGCAGCCCUGCCCCAGCCCCGCUGUGCCCCUGCGGGCCGGGCUGCUGCGGGGUCCGCAAGGUGCUGCGGGGUCCCCAAGGCGCAGCGGGGUCCCCAAGGCGCAGCGGGGUGCGCGGUGCCGCUGGUGCCCCCUUGCUUUUUUUUCCCAUUUCUCCGUAGCUCGAAGGCCCCGGAUGACUGCGGGCUGGGGUGGGCCGGGCUGGGGUCACUGAUGCUAACUGGUGCUAACUGAAAGCCUCGGAAAUCCUUUCGGAGGAGGGCAUAGAGCAUCGCGGGGUCUGGGCAGCGGGCUGGCCCCCCCGGGACCCGCACUCCUCCUCUCCCACCAGUAACGGGCAAAAAAAAUCCCCCAUCCAGCCGAGCUCUGGGGGCAGCCCCGUCCAGCUGGGCUCUCAGCGGAGGAGGCUUCUGUUAUCCUCAGGGAAGCACGACGGGAAGAUGGGACCCGGGGGGGGGGGUUGAGGUGCGGGGGCAGCCAGGAGCCCUCCGCGGCCCUGGGAGCCGCCGUGCGGUGCCGUGCCGGUGCCGGUUCCUGCACCCUCUGCCCGUGCCCCCAGGGUUCGGAGCCACGCAGCCUGGGGUGAUCUGCGCCCCCCCCCCCCCCCCCAACCCGUGCUCUUUCCCCGGGGGGGCGCGGGUCGGAGGGACACUUUUCUAUGCACUCAAGCCACGGUACCCUCAGCCCCGGGCUGCUCCCGUGUCGGGGUCAGGGCAGCGGCUGCAGGAGCCGGGGCUGGCUGCGGUGCGGCGUGGGGCUGCACGUGGUGCUGGGCCCCCUCCCCACACGCAGCUCCACCUGCACCGUGCUUGCAGCCCCCAUGCCUGGCCCAGUCCCGAGCCAACGGGGCUGAACAGCCAGCGCCGAGGGGGGGCUGGUGGUGGUGGCGAUGGUGGUGCCAGGCCAUCAGCACCCGCUGGCAAGGGAGCGCCGAGGGGGCUCGACCCGGGGCUGAGCUGGGUGCUGUGGGGCAGGGGCAGCUCCGGGGCUGCUCCAGCUCCCUCUGGGGAAGGGGGUCCUGGUCCCGGGGGGGGG